AUGAGCACUGUCGUCCUUGCACCCACGGAGCCCGUCUGGCUCUGUCCUCGUCCACUUGCACGGCUGCCGGGUCGCUUUCCGCUCGUCCCGCUCUUGCCCCAUCGCUCUAUAUGCAAGCCCCUUCCCCCAGAAUUUCUCUUCGCAUCCUAUGACGCCGAUGCUACCAUUCCGGUGUCGACUACUGCUCACUUCAAGUUGCAUUUGCUCCUCGUUACAGUGCUACCCAUCUACUACGAAUACAUCCAAAUAUCAUCCCUACACAUGCUUGUGCGGUUGACAGCGCGGAUUCAGGAUGCCGAUAGGCAGUGGGACUCCAUUCGCCGAAUCCCCUACUCCGCCCCAGGAAGAUGGGUCCAAACACUCGAUAUGGAUGCACUUCGUUGUUCCACCCAGGAGGAGACCCUCGUCCUCGACGAUACGCUCAAUCAGCUCUUACCUUUGGUCCCAUUCCUAAACCAUCUCGUCGUCCACCCGUACAACCCGUUCAGUCGACGUGUGCUCUCCAGUAUCACCUACCGGGACGGAGUAGAAAACAUCCGCACUCUGCGAGGUAUACAGCUUCCCACCUCCCCUCGCAUCGACGAAGACGCAUUCUUGGAACUCCUUCGCGCCUGCAGCAGGCUGGAAGAAUUGGAGAUCGUCGGGACAGGCGUCAACACAGGCGAAGCGAUAAUGGAAUAUAGCAUCCCAAUAGAACCGCCGACCGGCUACGUUGCGACACACCUUCCACACCUUCGCAAGGUUGCCGCGCUAUCCAUGCCCUCAUCGCCUACCCUGUUCGCCCUCCUGCAUUCCGAGUUGCCCUCCUUGCGGCACCUUACUCUCACGCCCUAUGACGAAGUCUCCGUACCUACCUCACUCGUCCCACGAAUCAUCGCGGCUCAUGGAUCAAAGCUCACAUCCCUCCACCUGUACACGUUGAAGCAGUGGCCGACUAUCCUCUUCCCAUCUCCGCCCACGUUGCUAGAAGUCUGUCCCAACCUCCGCCACGCUUCCCUCGAACUUCCCCUCCCCACCCUCACCAUGUCCAACGCCGAGAAACACAGCCAGCUAGAAAUUAUAUCUAUCCCAAGGCCCAAGCAAGAUUUCUGGCUGGUUCUCGAGCGCCUGCUGCCAAAGCUGCCUCGUUUGCGCUUUGUCCGGGCGCGUGACGUCAAGUGGCUCGGAAGCGGCAUGUCGGAUCGAGCACGGCAAGCAGGGGUGCAGGGAGAAAUGCUCAUCUGGCGAAGAAGACUCACCAACCGUGGCAUCCAGUUGCUCGACACCGAAUGGAAGGCAGGUACAGGUUGA